GAAAUGCAACUGUACAACAAACUUCUCUAAACCAUUUCCAAUUAUUUUUUUAUUAAUGUGUAUGAAAUACGAGGCACCUUUUUUAGAGCAACUUUUCAGGGGUAGCCAACGAUCAAUAUGUCCCAAUUAAUACCAGGGAGACUGCAUUUAUUAGCGGUCAUGUGACGAUGACGCCCUCUAGCGACGGGUUUCAGAAAAGCAGCCACCGUUAAGGAACUGCACUCAAGGCUGGAACUCGCUUCUGCGUCUGGGUCUGCGUCUUGUGUCGACGGACUCGUUUCAAUUCAUGGUCCAAAAAGUCUUGCGCGUGUUGCGGAGCAUUUCACCGCCAGAACACUAGGUGGAAAAACGUUUUUUUGUUGUUUCAGAAAACCCAGAGAGUGACGUCUUUGUGUGUGGAAGUCGUUGGUUUGUUUAUUUAUUCAUCAGAGACUUUUUGCCCCGUGCACCGCCACUGCUGCUUUUCAAUGCAUUUUUUUCGCGGACACAUUUGUCCCGUAUUUUCCUCCACAACUUUGUACACCCCUCGACCGGCAAACCGACGUUUUGCGGAAGAAGACGGCGGUCAUCUGCUCGCGGAUUAAUACAGUCGGCUCAAAGUUAGUGAAAAGGCUCGGUCGUGUGCGUAAAGAUAUCAAAGCGUUACGGUGCUGCUUGGCGCUCCAUCUUCCAAGACUGAUCGUGCAAAGAACCAAACCACACACGCUUGUUCUACUAUAAUAUCUUGUCUGGAGUGCAUUCUAAUCGAUGCCACCUGGUGGACGCACCAUUCUUAUGAACCUGUGAAAAUUAAACAGCCCUUUUUCCAAGUCUACAAAAAAAAUUUGGUCCUUCGAGCCGGAUUGGAGUAACUAGAGAUGUUCCAAGAUGAGCAUGGGACGCCACGUCCUGCAGAUGUUCGUCCACGCCGGGAUACACGACCGCCGGCCUGGAUGGAAGAUUACACCAUCUCCCUGCCAGCACAUUUCCCGGAAAUAAACGCCAGGAUGAUGCCUCUCACAUCUCCCCACGAUCGAGAAGCGGCAGCUCGUCGUCCCUUCCACCCUGAGUAUGUAGAUGCCGUUUUCCAGAGUGUGCCUGCCUCUCCCCGACGGAGGCGUGCCGCAGACACGGCGCCGGAGAUCCUCGAAGCCUUUCAUGGGUUGAUGAAAUACAAUCUCCGCAGCUCGAAGAAGCGCCCCGGAGAUUUGGAAAAGGCAGGCUACGAAGUCAAAGCGCUGAAGGGGGAUCUUAGCGAUGCACCGGGGUUCAUACCACAUCACAUGGUAAAAGAAAAUGAAGAGACGGAGAUACAAAAAACCUCCAGUCCAGAAGAUCCUGCCUCUGCUCAAACCCAUUUGACGGGAAAUGACCCAACACAAGUGAUAAGGGACCAGUCCGUACCAUACACGGUACAAGCUGAAACAUCCAUCCCUGCCCAAGAGGAAGUGCAACAUGUGGACCCGCAGACCGAUAUCCAACCACCUGAAAGCCAACUGGGAGAGACUGUUGAGAAAUCAAACGCUCCCCACCCCGAGGGACCUUGUUUGGAGCCACAGACUCACGGCCUACUUGUUGCAGCUCAGAGUGCAGAACCACAAACGGUCAUUUCCCCUCAAAAGAAAAGUGCGCCACAGGAUUCUCCCAAGUACCUGCAUGACACCUCUUCUCCGAAAAAGUCCAGGGAGAUGCAGAAAGUCUCCCCGAAGCUGGAACAACUGCAACGCAGAGUAACGCGGAGGCAGCUCGCACUCGAGAUGUCUCCUUUACCCGAACUGUACGGCAAAAAACUCAGAUCAUCGUCAACUUCUCCUCUGCUUCCACCGGCGUCUCCUCAGCCUUCAAAGAGAACCAAAUCAGCCUCCAAGUCCACUCUUCUAGUGGACACGGUUGUAGAAGAGCCUCCUCCUAAGAGACCCAGAGCGGAGAGUGUGGCAGGAGAGGAGGAGGAGGAGGAGGAGGGGGGACAAGCUGCCGGCCCUGAAACCGCACAAGCAGGUACAGAGUCGAAUUCAACGCCACAGAAGAAGAAAGAAAAGCGAAAGUUUGGGAUUCUAGAGAUGGCUAUAAAGGAAUUUGAAGAUGGAAGUGAGUCGGGUGACGAUGCCGUUCCUGAUGUCGAAACCCCGAUAGAGGCGGCCGCGACGCAACCCACGUCAGCAGAGCAUCUGCUCCCAACCUCGGACAAGCCUCCUGAUGCCGUUUCCACGGCGUCCAGUCCUGAACAGGUGGCGAGUCCCCACAGGGACGCGCCGGAAGCGGAGCCCCUCGCCGGCGACGGCCUCCCGACGUCCGGCUGCCUGGGACCGGUGGCCAAAGAGGCUGACGACGCCGCCUCCAAAGUUCACCUGUUCAUAUUUGACAGUGAAUCGCAGGAGGACUCUCAGUCCAUUAUCGGGGACCGUCCCGCAGCGCCGUCCAAACCACGGGCCGUGGUCAACAACGACGACGAUGGCGGCGUCCUUUCACUCACCCAGGUGCAGUUGGACGAGGACAAGCAGCGAAUCAAAGAUCUGAUGAGCCAGACCAACCAGGACUUGGUCAGUGUGACCAAAGCCCUGUUGAAGACCAGCGGAGACUUCGCCGCCGCUCUGGAUCACCUUUUGAACCCCACCUCCAUUUCAGCACCGGUGUGGAAUCGCUGCGACGACACUCUUCUGCGCUCCGCAGACCCCGGGGUCCGACAGCAGCUGCGAGAGAAAUACGGCGAGCAGGACGUGGCCAGAAGAAUCGUUUUCCUCGAAGUAGAAGGGUGAAUAUGAAGGACAGAAAGGAGGAAAAGAGGAGAUGCAAGGAGAAAACUCAUUUAAUGUAUCUUUUGACUAGUGAGCUGGAUUCUUUCAGCAUUAAGGAAUUGUACGUUAAAGCUGCCUUUCCUUCGGAGUAACUUUUUAAGAGAUACAAUCAAACAUUAAGUGGUUUUAAUAUUAAACAUUUAAGGUAGAAUAAGUGAAGGCCACUGUUGGUGCAAUUCUCUACAUUCAUUUGUUCGGUAGCAGAAUCUUUUAAUGUGUUCAGAGUAAAAAUGAUAUUUUAUGUGGUUUUUAAUCAGCCUUAUAUAUUCCAUUGCAUAAAAACCCAUGUUUUGCAUAAUAAAUAUCCUGUUCUAAAUG